AUGGGUUCCCAUAUCAUGGCUAGGAACGUGCCUGAGACCGUACCAUUCCCUGACGGUUAUCCAAUCAUCGAGCUCCCCCAAAUCUCCCUCAGGAAGCUUUUGGAAAGUGAUGAAGAUGAGAUUGACAAGAUUUGGGGUAUCUGCAGGUCUACAGGCUUCUUCUAUUUGAACCUGGUAGACCAUCCUCAGGGCCUAAAACUGUGGAACGACGGUGUGGACGCUUGUGAAGUCGGCCAAGCUAUACUUUCCAAGCUUCCGAUGGAGGAAAAGCUUGCUUAUAAGGCACGCGACCGUUUGGGCGUCUUCGAUAUGGGGUACAAAUGCCCCAGUGUUGGACCUAACGGAGAGCCCAAAUUCAGUGAGGCAUUCAAUGUUCCCCUUUACGAAAUGGCCAUCGAUCCCGCAUCGGGAUUCCAGCUGCCUUCAUGGCUGGCUCCGCAUCGCGAGCUCUUUAUUUCACUUUUGCAAAACGGCAACAAUAUUUCCGAUAUUCUUCUUAGUGUUCUUGAAAGACAGCUUCAAGUUUCGAAGGGAGAUUUGAUGAAGUUCCACCGGUUCACAGAUCCAUCCAAUGAUUUCCUCCGCGUACUACGCUACCCUGGUACUCCUGAAGGAACACAAAUCUCCCAGACCAAUUUCCCUCCUCAUCGCGACUCUGUCAGCAUUGCCAUGUUAUUUACCUGGGUCGGCGGCCUUCAGAUCCUGGAUCCUGCCUUUGAGAGCAAGCUCCAGGGUGAAGGUGCAAACGGCAGCGGUAGCCUUGAAGGUUGGCGGUGGGUUAAACCCAUACCUGGUCAUGUAAUUGUGAACCUAGGCGAUGCACUGUCUAUCUUGACGAAUGGAGUCUUGAAAUCGGGAUUUCAUCGAGUGAUUACAGCCCCAGGGGCUCAACAGCCUUUGGAUAAGUAUAGCGUUCUUUUGGGAUAUCGCCCUGCUCUAGUGACGAAAAUGACUCCACUCGUCAGCUCUGUUAUCCCACCUCUUACUCCUAAACAGCAGAAGGAUCAGGUGUUGACGUGUGAAGAGUGGGGGGCGCAGCGAGUGCAUAAAGUGUACACAGUGUUGGAAAAUAGGUAA